AUGUUGAACGCUUUGUUUGUCGUGCUCAAGUUCCAGGCGCCGCGAGUUGGGAGCAGCUGUUCGCGUGCUGCGCACCGCCACGACGGGAUGAGUGUGGUAUGUUUUUACCUGAGGCAGCAUCAGAUUGGAGGCCACAAGAAGCCUCCGGGUGGUCAAGAACGUCAAGAAGCGACGUUUCAGGGCCGAAUCUGA